AUGUUUACGCAUACACUAGAGCUUGUUACAUUAUCGCUCCGCAACCUCCCGCAACAUCUUACUACCGGAGUGUCGGGCUAUUUGGAAGGGACACUGCUCGCUCGACUAUCAACUCUGCAGUUGCCGGGCCUCAACGAGAGCUUUGCUCUGGUCAAGACAGAUGCACAGGAUGAAGCCUGCGACGCCAUUCGCACCGCGAUUAUCGAAACCCAGAUCGCAAUCGCCUAUUUCAUGAUCGCCUGCGACAAAUUCAAGAACCAGGAGGGUUUCGUUCAGGCACGUUCUGAGUCUCCGCCUCUGCUUUAG